CAGGUGCCGGCUGUGCCACUGACUGCAGCGCUGGUCUGGCAGAUCUGACAACUGGCGCCUGCGUGAAUAAUUGGCAGCUGACGAAGCAGGAUGGCAACAGUCUGUUCUUCGCCACGUCCUUUAAUGAGGAGGUGAAUCUGAGGUAUCACGGAGAUCGCAGCUGGAUGGUCAACUACUUCGAUCAGUGGCUCCUUGAACGGGCGAGCGGGAAUAGCACGGUGCCAGGAAGCCCCUGUCCCUUCAGCGUUUCGAGCACCGACUCCGAAGCUCGACAGUGCAAAAAGAAGGCCAGUUACCUGAUGCCUGAGAGCUGGUUGCAGUCCAUGAUGGCCAAAUUCACCAUGGAGUACCAGGUCCAGUUUCCGGACUCCUUCGCGCACGCGAUGUCGGGGAAGGCCAUGAUGGAGACCGACGGCAUGACCACGGUCCUGAAGAACACGGCAGGGGAGACCAUCCGGGAGAUCGCCGCCGGUGAGGUCAUUUCGGUCUCGGUGCAGGAGGCAUUGUCCAUCGCCGGACUCAGCACUUCGGACUCCAUCGAGGAGCAGGCAGAUUUGCCCAACAAUAUGCAGAGGGCGAAGAUUGCAGCGGUGGGAGCCACUGUGCUCUUCCAUAUGGAGGUGAGUAACACAGGUGACUUAGGAGCGCCGGUGAAUGAGAUCACCAUCCAAGGUAUCCCGGGCUUUGUCACACAGAAGGAAACCGAUUUGCUUGACUUUGAUGGCAGCAUGCGAGUUCGAACCUACAGCGGCAUCCGCUUCAAGUUCAACUACCGGGGCACGUUCACCUGGUUCCGCAUGGACAAGUUCGUCUAUGUCUUCACCAUGUGUGUGGUGUGGCUCCAGCUGCCGGGCAUGAUCUUCUUCUCCUUCGCCUUGCGAUGCCUUGGCACGCUCUCGGAGGCGCUGGCGGGCUACACCUACGAGCACAUCGACUUCACCAAAGAAGUCAUUGGUGUGGCUGCACGGAACAUGGCCUACGGCUUCAGUCAAGAAGACACCAGCGAUCUGCACGAGGAGUCUGGGCAGGGAAAGCUAGUCUAUGGCAUGUCCUUGAGACAAGUCCGCCGGAGACUGCACCACAUCCUCAAUGGUCAUCCGACGCUGACGGGACCCGAGCGCAAGCUCUUCACGGAGUUCUUCUUAGCCAACGCCACGGGCUCGUUGCCCACUACGGGGCGGGAUGCCGUCACCUAUGAGACCUACAUGCAGCACCUUUGUUCGAACGAGAACAUGAAGAGUUUCAUGGAUGUGGUCUCCAUUAUCGAUCCGGUGGGCGCCAACAAGAAUGCCUUGGAAUAUGUCUUUACAGACAAGACGGUGAAGGCUCUACAUGAGCUGGCCGCCAAACGCCGAAAGUCGGGCGACACCGACACCCAAAUGGUUCACGACACGAAGAUGAUCGUGUUGAACCGGUUGAAGCUCCAAGCCAGCAUUUGGGCAGCUCAGAGGUGUAAUCUUACCCGAUGUCAGUUGGGCCAGGAGGCAUUAGAGGCGCAGUUGGAGAAACUGCAGGGUGCGGGGCUAACGCUGCACGACUUCGCCUCCAAACUCAGUGGCGCCGCAUCACCGGAGCCGCCGCCGCUGAAGACAUCGCGGACCGCGGAGCGACUUGUUUGACGCGGCUCAAAGGAAGCCACGGACCGUGGAAAUCCGGGGACGGG